GCCGUCUUAAGGAUGGAUGUUGGAUAAUUUAGCGAGAGCUUUAGCCAAAGACAAAAAGCACAUCACAAUUAAAAGUGACAUUUACUCUAACCACUCGUCACCCGAGGAUUUCACACUGAGCUUCUUUCAAUAGCAACAUAAUUGUAAACGCUGAAACAGAAUAUAAAUGCCUUUGUCACCAAAGCGACGGCGGAUGUGUUCAUUAAUUACGGGGUCGCAUCGUUGUUUAUCAAAGCUUGGAUCACCAACGAAGAAGACAGUCAACAUCUCAAUUCGUUCUUCUCAAAAUGGACAUGGAAACACAAGAAAACGCAGACUCUGAGGACUUUCGCAAGCGAAUGGCAGUCCCAAGUGGCUUCAGAAACCUGCUCGAGGGCCUGACUGUGGAAAUUUUGCGUUGCCGUCCGGAGAACAUUUAUAAAUUUGCUGCGGAUUAUUUCCAUAAAAAGUUGAAAGAACGCCAAGAGAAAGGGUACGAUGACUGUCUAUUGGGAUCACAGAUAGACGGCUAUUACAGGUAUGAACCUUCUGGGGCCAGUAAAAGAGAACUUGAUAAAGCAGCCACGAAAAUACAGUCAACAUUCCGGGGGCAUAAGGUGAGACAAGAAGCAAAAGCCUUGACGGAGACUGGGAAUGAGGGACAUCACCAAGAAGAAGAAACAUCAGCAGCCGCUGCAGAAAAUUUUGGCGGGAAAGAACACGAGGCUGCCUCUCGCAUACAAGCUGGUUACCGUGGUUACAAUGCUCGCCAGACAUUAAAGGCGCGAAACCAGGCAGCGACAAAGAUUCAAGCUGGAUAUCGUGGCUACACUGUUAGGAAAGAUUUGGAAGGAGGCGGCAUUUCGAGACCAAAUCGCAAAGAUAGCCCUGUUCCAUGGCGUGGAGAAGAAGAAGCUGCGGCUCUGAAAAUACAGUCAGCUUUUCGAGGGCACCGAGCCAGAGAAGCAAUCCGAAGUGAACGGAACAUGAACAUUGGUGAAAACGAAGGCAAAAUUAUGGCUGCUGAAAGCAUUGAGGAAAACGAGAGAAACCAAAUGGAGAAGAGUGUUAAUGCCGUCAAAGAUGCAAAAAUGGCGAGGGAUGACGCUGCUACCACGAUCCAAUCAAACUAUCGCGGCUACUACACUCGACAGCAGCUGAAGAACAAAAAUACCGCUGCAAUAACCAUUCAAGCUCAUUACAAAGGAUAUAGAGCACGAAAGAUUCGGCGCGCCAGAUCUGAAGCUGCCGUCACGAUCCAGAGCUACUACCGUGGUCACAGGACCAGAGAAAGUUUAAAAAAGCGAAGCUCCACCAAAACAUACUUGGAAGUGUCGGUUAGUGACGAGUUCGCGUUGCACCGUGACAGCCGCACAUCGUUCAGUCUUCCUGCAGGAGUGAAGUUCGAGGGGAACUUGGACGAAGACAGCGAUGAGGAGAUUGAUAAAAUGGUGGACAAACUAAAAGCGAUACAGGAGUCCUCUAGUCCAGAUCUUGCAGACGACAAGGCUGAUAGUUAGUUCAUACAUAGUGCGAAUAUAUACAGCAUGAAUUGUUCAAAGCAUAGGCAGUAUUGAUAGUUAUCCUCAUUUUCACAGCUUCUUCGGAUUUAACUAAAUCUUGUGCAAGCAAACUUUGAAGAAAAAAUUUGAGCAGUUUGCAAGUGAGUUGCUUUACUCCGCAUUGUGAUUGGUUCUAGAAAAUUCGUGCCAAUCCGUCAGCCAAUCAGAUGCAAACUUAGUCACUCGCGUUUUCCCGCGCUUUAGACAGUUUGCUAAAUUUACUUUGACUUUGGCUCUUAAAGGUAUUUUCCUACCUUCUGCCACUGUGAUUACUUAGGUUUCGGAUUUACGACACACAAUCCAAAAGCGCUCAAAUGCUGGAAUAUGAUAUCUGACAAUGAAGCGCUUUUCGUUUCGAGAGUUAGAAAAAAAAAUAAUGAAAUCAAAACCGAGGUGAUCACAACGGCCAGUAAAAAAGGAGGAAAAGUGUCAAUCAAAAUUCAAAGAAAUAUAGGUCAGCGGUUCGAGUGCAGGGAAACACGAGGCAGGAUUGGCCGCAUCUGAUUGGUUAAAAGGGAGACCAAUCACAGAGUAAAGAACUCCGGAUUCCUCUCGACAUUCAAUCGUAAAUUGCUCCAUGAGUCUUGACACAUUGCAAUAUCCUUAAGCGUCAAAAUGGUUGUCAAAAUGUUUCUGGUCAAAACUGCUCAAUUUCUGAAUUAAUCAUAACCAUUGCAAUUUCCUCAAAUGUAAUUGGUGCGUCAGAUGCUUUAUACAUCACUAAUCACUCUGUACAGUUGUAAUCGGACAGUUGGCUGUAAUCGGACAGCCAAUCACACUAAGUUCACUACGCUAAAUCCACCAAUCACAGAAUUGAUCGCAAUAACCAUAGCAACAACCACUCACCCUGAAAAGCAAAACUGGGAUAUUUCCAAAUUUUUUUGCUUUAGACAUUGUCCCUAAUAGAGAUGUUUAUCCUAAAUGUAUUUUAUUUUUCGGAAAUUGUUGUGGCUAUGAUUAAUGGUAACAGGAUUUCAUG